AUGUGUCCCAAUUUAGAGCUUCUUGACAUAAACACUUGUGGGAAUAUUACAAAAGGGGUAUUUGAAGCUUUAAGGGACUGCCGUAAGAUUACACACCUAAGCUUAGCUGACUGUGCAGCAGUGAGCGGAUUUGAGAUAGGGUUUGAAUUACCCAAACUGGAGGUGAUGAACUUAUCGCAAUCAAGGAUUGAUGAUGAAGCCCUUUCAAUAGUUUCAAAGACUUGCUGUGGGCUAACACAUUUGGAGUUGCAGAAUUGCUUUAAUGUGACAUCAAACGGAGUGAGGAACGUGGUAGAAAAAUCAAGCAGACUGAGAGAGAUAAAUUUGAAGCACUGUAAUAAAGUAUGUGCUGAUAUUAUUCCAUGGAUGGUAUCUUCAAGCUCUUCUUUGAGAAAAAUAAUGGCUCCCCCCAGUUUUUGUGCUAGUGAGAGCCUGACGAAACUCUUGUUGCGUCAUGGAUGCCGUGUUUGUUAG